AUGCCCCACCGUUCGGUCCACGCUCGCUCGGCCGCGGACGGUCCGCGCCGCUCGCCGUACUCCGCGCACGCCUCUCAUGUGUAUCCAUUUAAUGUUCAAUUCCCAUAUAAUUUAACUUUGCGAUCAAAGCGAAAUUUUGCAAAGAGCUUCCCGGCGGCGGCGGGCCGGGUCGCGAGUGCGAGCGGGACGGCGACACAGCCGGUUCCCGAGAUCAAAUGCUGGGCCAAAUUAGUCACUCUCCGUCUCUCUAUCUCAAAGCCGAUCCGUAGUAAAGUUUGCGCGAAGAUGACAUCAAAAGGAAACCACACACCGGGGAGGCGCCGCCGCCCGCCGCCCGGGCCCCCUGGAGCCCCCCUCCUCCCCCCUCCCCGUACUUAA